AUGGCUGACUGGGGUCCGGUGAUCAUAGCGGUGGUGCUGUUCGUGAUUCUGUGUCCAGGUCUGCUGUUUCAAAUACCAGGAAGAGGAAGAAUAAUCGAGUUCGGAAACAUGCAAACAAGUGGCGCUUCCAUUCUUGUUCACGCCAUCAUUUACUUUGGACUUAUCACUAUUCUACUCAUCGCCAUUGGCGUUCACAUCUACACCGGAGCCAUUGCCUCGGAACAAUUCCUUUUGGCAGAAUUUUACCGUGUGCUAAGAGCCAUUGAAAUUGUAUUUGAAAAAGGAUGGUUAAAUCUUUAA